AUGGUCUCAGUCACAGCUACCAAGAAGAUGAAGGAGGAAGCCACCUGCUCCAUCUGCUUGAAUCUGAUGACUGAGCCCGUGAGCAUCAACUGUGGGCAUAGCUACUGCCGCUCUUGUCUAGUGGAUAAACUUCAAAAUCAACGUCAUCUGGCUGCAUGGCUUGGUAGGUUCUACUGUCCUCAGUGUGAGACUUCCUUUAAUUGGGCAAGCAUCCGGCCCAAUAAGCAGCUGGAAAGCUUCAUUGAAUAUAUUAAGGAGAUGAAUCUUUCAAGUUUGUGUGCAGAACAUGGAGAGCUUCUCAACAUAUUCUGUGAGGAUGACAGCCAGCUCAUUUGUUCAUAUUGUGAACGAAAAUCAGAGCACAUAGGACACCUCACAGCUCAUGCUGAAGAUGUAUACCAGGGUUACAAGGAAAAGCUUCAGAAAGCUGUGACAAAACUGGAGUAUUUGGAAGACUACUGUAAUACUCUGUUGAUGUGUACAAGAGAGGAAAUAACUGCAUGGGAGGAGAAGAUAGAACGUCAGAAAACACGUGUUCACUCAGACUUUGAGGAUAUUCAUACUUUUCUUCACGAAGAAGAGAUGUCUCUUAUAAUGAAAUUGGAGAAAGAAAAAUACCAGACUCUGAAGAGUUUGCAGGACAAUAAAGCCAACCUGGAAAAGCAGAGCCUGGAACUCAAGAACCACAUCCUGGAACUAGAGAAGAAAUGUCAGAGCUCAGCCCAGAAUUUAUUGCAGGAUGUGAAAAACACCUUGAGCAGGAGUUCUGCUGUGAAGCUACGUUUACCAAAUGCCGUCUCUUUGGAGGUUCAUACUGAAUGCAAUGUUUCUGAGCGUUACUUUGAUGUGAAGAAAAUAUCCAAGGAUUCCUAAGUGAGCCUGACUCUGGAUCCAGUUACAACUCAUAAGGAUCUGGUUCUCUCUGAGGACCUGAGACAAGUUACAUGCGAAUGCCCCCAAGAGAAGCAGGACAGUUCUGAGAGAUUUAGUGUGCUCCUCUGUGUGCUGGGCUGUGAGGGCUUCUCCUCCAGGAGACAUUACUCUGAAGUGGACGUAGGUGAGGAAACUGGGUGUGACGUAGGCGUUUGUUUGGAGAAUGUGACGAGAGAUGUUAGUUCACAGCUGACGCCUCAGUCUGGAUUUUGGGCCAUCACAGUACCCAAGCAAAGCAACUCUGUAUUCCUUACCAGUCCAUCAUUACUUCUCGUACUGAAGGGGCAGCUCUGGGUUUUGGGGGUGUUUUUGUACUUUGAGGCAGGACUUGUUUCCUUUUACAACAUGAAUCUUGGUUCCCACAUCUUUACCUACUCUCAAACCCUCUUCAUGAUUUUUCAAGAUUCUCCUUUGAUCUUACUCAGGAAGGAGGAGGAAGUCAUCAAAGAGGUUAGACCAUUAUACUUCCAGCUUCAGAAGUCCUUCCAAUCAGAUGCAUUGAAGCUGAAAAGAAGUCGUCACCAUCAAAUUUGUCACAUUGACAUAAAACAUGUUGAGAUGGGCGUAACUGAAGUCUCUGGAUCUUGGCCUAACAGAGUGAAAGAACACAAAUCAGACGAUGUAGCUUACUAUGUCUUCACCCUUCUAGGGAAAUCUGAGUGCAAAAAUAUCAGGACAGAGCUGGAGUGCUAG